GUUGUACUGAAGCAACACGUUGCUUUCGCUUUUACCAAAAUGUGCGAUUCUAUAAAUUUAUCGCUAAAAUUUAAUCCCAAACUAGAACCAGCCUUUACUGCGCCUCAGUCCUGUUCCGUGUGGCCAAAGGAAAUUGAACGAAGUGCUUGGCAUGUGUUACCUGGUGUGCCGGCCGUUUGUCGCUUACAGGAUGGACGCAGCUUUCUUUGGCGAAUAUAUUCCCAUUUGGAUCGCAAUUCAGCGCACAGGGAAGCAUACUUUGGACAUCACACGGUAGAGCUAGUAAAAGAAUCGACUGAUCGAGCCAAUUCGAAUGACGACAAUACUCUAGUGGCGAUAAGUCCAAUCCACGUACCGGUGGAAGAAUUCAGCGAGGUGACUAUCGAUGUGUGGUUGGAUUGCUCCUGCUUAAAGGUAGAUCUACUGCUGACGAAAGAUUGCCUGAUUGAAACGAUACGUACGUUCCUUGCGGGAACAUUCUUCUGUGAAGGUUCUCGACUCGAUUUCCGGUUUCUUCGCGAGCGAAGCAUGGGAAUAUGUGCGGCAUACGUAAAAGAAACGCGUGGUGUAUCUCUGUACGGUGAAAUCGACUGCAGCUCAAUAAUCACCAUCAACCAAUUACAUUUCCAUUCGGACACUAUUGUACCAAAGCAGCUGGGAGGAAUCGACAGGGCAAGAGAACAGUUGGAAGUAACACUAACAGAAGGUCGCUCUCUUCUAGUGCAUGGUCCGAGUGGGACAGGAAAGUACAGUCUGGUAAAAGCUGUUGCGAUAGAAAAAAAUCUUCCACUGUUCGAAAUACGUGGAUUACACUUCCUUCGUUCACUGCCAGGAGAAACCGAAGCAGAACUGCGCAAAACCUUUGUUCGAUUGCAACGUUUCGAGGAGCUGAUCGACGAAGCCAAGCCCGUUAUUUUGCUGGUCAAAGACAUUGAUACCAUUUGUCCUAAAGUUGGUUUGAAAAAGGGCGAGGAGUUUGUUAACGUUGCACGGAUAGCGUCCCAGUUUGUAUCGCUUGUGGAUCAGUACAAAGAAUCGUCGGAAAACGUUAUUAUCAUCGGAACAACUUCGAGUAUAGAAAGUAUGGAUACGCGUCUGCGUAGACCAGGACGAUUAGAUAAAGAAAUUACCCUGGGAUACCCAUCGAAAGAACAGCGGAUCGAUACAUUAAGGAGUUUCAACACGGCAACCCGAUUAUCGCUUCCCGAAAAACAAUUGGAAAGCAUUGGGCAGCGGACGGCAGGUUACGUUGGAGCGGAACUGCAACUUCUUUACAACAAUCUCGUUCGAGAGAUCGAUAAAAAGCAUCUUCCAUUCGACGACGCACUAACAGCGGUACAGCGAAAACAUCGCCCGAGCAGCCUUCGGAACGCGACAGGGCUUGUGGCAGCUAAUGAUGCUUCGUUAACUCUCGAUUUCUUCGGCGGAAUGGAUGAUCUCAAAGCAUUGCUUAGACUGUGCAUAGUGGAACAACUUGCAAAUCCAGCCCGCUUCCAUCGUCUCGGUAUACACCCGCUGCGGGGCAUUCUACUGUAUGGACCACCGGGUUGUGCGAAAACGACACUCGCCAAAUGUUUAGCCGCGGAAACAGGCAUGACAUUCCUGUCCCUAUCGGCAGCGGAAGUUUACUCACCAUAUGUUGGCGAUGCGGAGAAGCUUAUCACACGCGUGUUCAAUGAGGCACGAACAAAUGCGCCGGCGGUGGUGUUUUUGGAUGAAAUCGAUUCUCUUGUGGGCAAUCGCGGUACGACGGGCAUGAAGGGUGGCUCAAGUGCUGUAAAUAUGGGUGUCCUUUCAACCCUGCUGAUGGAAAUGGAUGGCAUUGGGCAAGCGGAACAAGUGGCGAGUUCGUUGAGCGAGGAUGCAAAGCGCGUCAUUGUUAUAGCGGCUACCAACCGGCCAGAUAUGGUCGAUGAUGCAUUAUUGCGUCCCGGGCGACUGACCAAAUUGAUCCACAUACCAGCUCCAGAAGGAAAGGCACGCUUAGCUAUACUACGAAAGUUAGCCAAUCGAGUACCGUUUGCUGAGGAUGUUGAUUUGGAAAUUAUCGCUCAACAGACGGACCUAUUCUCUGGUGCUGAUCUGCAAAAUCUUUGCACACAGGCCGCACUGAAUGCAGCAACGGAAGAUUUAAAUGCUACGAUCGUUACAAUGUCACAUGUGUUGUGUGCACUGAAAGACGUACGACCGUCGUUAACGAAGGAACAGAUCGAAUGGUACCACAAUUAUGCCGCAAAUCAACAUCGGUAGUCUUCAAAGAUGGCGCAAAAUGGGCAAAAUCGCAAUAUAAACUACAGUUGUAAAGGAAUGCCAUCCGCCCACGCGUAAUGCAUUGAGUCAUUCAUCCAGCGACCUUACGUUAGGUAGUUAAUUUUGUUCUUAUCUUUGACAAAUCUAGAAUUUUCCCUCUUACAAAGAAUGAUCAAGAAUCACACAUCAAACAAAUGUUCCGGUGUAGAUACAGAAAGUUGUAAUGCAAAUUGAUGGACGAUAAACAGAAGGAAAGCAACCAUUUCCGAUAAGAUUCACUAUCGGUACCUGUGCAUAUUUACCAUUUUCUUCCGCUCGACGUUCGACAGGUUGCCGGUGGAUCGCCAUCUGGCAAACGGUAGGGCACAGUAAAACAAAGCAAAUGAUGCGCUUCUCGCCGUAUGAUAUCGCGCCGGUCCAAUGUCGGCUGCCGGUUGUUGAAAAAUAACUCCCUACACGGGUGUCUCUGUGACGCUGGGGAAACACGACGCGAAUGUAAGGAAACACCUUUUUAUCGUACUUGGAAUCGAACGCUCUGGAGACACAGGCUAGCCAGAUGGUUCGUACUGUUUGUAUGCGUGCGGAACAUGCGGCACCAGUACUAGUUAACGGUUCCGAUAAGAACUUCCGAUCGAUUAUCGUCUUUACUGUUCGUCGUGGAGAUGAUAAGACUGUCAGGGUAGUUAGUUGAGCGUGCACGAGCUGUGAGUUACCUUGGUUUAGUUUUGGUGUUUUUAAUUUUAAAUAUUAGAAGCUCAACUCGCGCUAUCAUGAAUCGUAA